AUGAACGAGCUGCGCUUCGCCUCGCUGUUUGGAGUGAUCACCAUCAUCUAUCUUGUCGGGGCUGUUUGCUAUCACUCCUCCUUCAACAUCGCUUCCAACGCCGUUCAGCCGCCAUGGAGCGAUUUGAGCUUGUGGGUAGGAAGCAAACCGCUCGACAUAAUCCAGGCUGUUCCGAUCUUCAUGUUUGCCUUCACGUGUCAGAUCAACGUGUUUGCCAUCUUCGACGACCUCAACCGUGCCUCCGAGCGCCGCAUGGCCAAAGUUUCCUUCCGCGCCAUCAGCCUCUGCCUCCUCCUCUACGCCUGCAUCGGAGUCAGUGGCUUCCUUGAGUUCGGCCACCGCACCCAUGGGAACAUCCUCAACAACUUCUCGCAGGAGUUCACGCAAGGGUGA